GAUUCACAGAAUAUAAAGCAUAAAAGAGACCACUAUGAAUGAUCUGACGUACCGCGACUGGCUGUGGCCAUGACCACGUGGAAGAAUAAUAUGGACGUGAAAAGGAUUCGUAGAAGAUGUGGUGUACCUUCUAUAGGUUCCAGCUAUGCUUUGCCCUGCUAUUCCUGAUAGCUGUCCUUGUGCUGGUUAGUAACAUCCAUUUGGUAGAGCAUCUAAAUCACAGGACAGGUAUGGAACCAGGAUGGGCAGUGAUGAGCAGAGAUACAACUCAACGUCAUUCACCAGUAAGCAGAAAAUCAUAUUGUGACUAUGACCAUCAAACUUUGUCCAAGUCCGAAUAUGAGGAACAAAGACGCUUGCUUAAUGCUCUGGAAUGGCCUGGACCACCACAUGACAAAGUCCUUUUUCUAAAGAGCACUGAUGCAGCACACAGCCGUUUUGUGAUCUUGCAGUCUCAGUCACUGUUUAAGUUGGGGGAUAUCAUGGAAGUGCUGGUUAGGAUGCAUGAUUUUGAAGGCAAUCCAAAGCAGUAUGGAGGAGAUUACUUGCAAGCCAGAAUUCAUUCCCCCCUUCUGAAAGCUGGGGCAAUAGGGAAGGUGAUCGAUCAUCAGAACGGGUUCUAUAGUAUAUAUUUCACUUUACUUUGGCCAGGAAGGGUGACUGUAUCUGUAACUCUGGUUCACUCAAGUGAGGCAAUCCAAAUCCUGCAGCACUUACGCAAAGAGAAACCAGACAGAGUUUACUUUAAGAGCUUAUUUCGAUCUGGUGCUACCACAGAAACCAAAAUGUGCAAUGUUUGUCUGCCUAGGACAGCACCUGUGUGCAACUACACAGACCUCAAGACUGGAGAACCAUGGUUUUGUUACAAGCCUGAGAAGCUGUCUUGUUCAAGUCGAGUCAGUCAUGCUAAAGGUGGUUAUCUGAAAAACCUACUGACUUCUGAAAAAAACCUGUUCUUUCAAAGUGGUAUAAAUAUCAAAGUUCCAGUCCUGGCAAGUGGCCCUGAUACUGUGACGGUGCACCCUUGGAAAAUCAAAGAUAAAAAUGUUCUCCAUGGGUCCAAGUUUACAUCUUCGGGGUAUUACUAUGGAGAUCAGUGGGUGUCUGGAAGAUCUAUUAUAUGGCAAUUUGAAAAGCCUUCUGACAUCACUGAAUGCCUGCAAGGAAAAGUGGUGCAUUUGUUUGGGGAUUCUACAAUAAGGCAGUGGUUUGAGUAUCUGACAGAUUUUGUUCCAGAGCUUAAGCCAUUUGAUCUGGGGAACCCUAAAAAUGUUGGACCUUUACUAUCCAUUGAUAUUGACCAUAAUAUAAUGGUUAAAUUCCGCUGCCAUGGUCCACCUAUCCGCUUUUCAACUGUUUCAAGUAAUGAGCUGCGCUACAUUGCAAAUGAAUUGGAUGGUAUAGUUGGAGGACAAAACAACGUGGUGGCCAUAACCAUCUGGUCUCACUUCAGCACCUUCCCAGUAGAAGUGUAUAUAAGACGUCUCAGGAACAUACGAGCGGCUAUCCUCCGUUUGCUUGCGCGCAGUCCUAACACCGCCAUAAUCAUUCGUUCUGCCAACGUCCAGGAGCUUGGGCCUGAAGUGAGCUUGUUCAAUAGCGACUGGUUCUCAUUACAGUUAGAUAUUGUUAUGAGGGCUAUGUUUUCAAAUCUUAAGAUACAUAUAGUAGAUGCUUGGGAAAUGUCACUUGCCCAUUAUCUACCACAUGCAUUACACCCAGGCAGAAUCAUUGUCAAGAAUCAAAUAGAUGAGUUUUUAUCAUUUGUGUGCCCCAAUUAAAGACGAUUGUAGGUAUCUGCAGCCUCACCUGCUUAGAUGGUUUGGUUGAUUUU